AAGUGUGCAAUUGUUAUCCAGAGACUUUAUAGUAACCGCACAUUGUUCAAAUAUUCAUCACCCUAAGAAAUGUGGUAAGUAGUCCUUAUCUGUUAUGUUUGCUAAAGAGUAGCAGAAUCAUCAACUCUCAUGCUAUUGGCUGGUCUGAUUUUUUUUUUUUUUUUUUUUUACUUUUUAUUUCAGAUUAAGAAUGACCCAAAAGACAUCACAGCUUUGUUCCAGAGCCAAUGUUUAUACUCAAGUGCCUGACGGAGGAUGGGGCUGGGUGGUGGCUGUGUCUUUUUUCUUCGUUGAAGUCUUUACAUACGGCAUCAUCAAGUCAUUUGGCGUCUUCUUCAAUGACUUAAUGGACAGUUUUAAUGAAUCUAACAGCAGGAUUUCGUGGGUCAUAUCAAUAUGUGUAUUUGUCUUAACAUUCACAGCUCCCCUCUCUGCUGUCCUGAGCACUCGUUUUGGGCACCGUCUCGUGGUGGUGGCAGGGGGCCUGCUUGUCAGCACGGGAAUGGUGACCGCCUCCUUUUCCAGGAAGCUGUACCACAUGUACAUUUCAAUCGGCAUCAUAUCCGGUUUGGGAUUCUGCUUUAGCUUUCUACCAACUGUCACCAUUCUAUCCCAGUACUUUGACAAAAGGCGCUCCAUGGUCACUGCAAUUGCUUCCACGGGAGAAUGUUUCGCUAUGUUCGCUUUCGCCCCAGCAAUCACGGCUCUGAAGGACAACAUUGGCUGGAGAUACAGUCUCCUCUUCGUGGGCUUGCUGCAGCUGAACAUUGUCGUCUGCGGGGCGUUGCUGAGACCGAUUAUCAUCAAAGGACCGGGGUCCCCGAAAGCAACCUCACACGAACACCGGAAAGAAGUGCAAUGCAUGCUCGAAAAUGAGAAAACACGCACCUCAAUAGAUUCCAUUGACUCAGGAGUAGAAUUAACUACCUCACCAAAAAAUGUGCCUAGUCACGCCAACAUAGAACUGGGGCCGAAGGCCAAUGUGCAGCUGGUGAAGGCCAGCUCCAAGCGGAGCGAUAAGAAAGCCCCUCUACUGGACUUCUCCAUCUUGAAAGACACAAGUUUUAUCUGUUAUGCGUUGUUCGGUCUUUUUGCAACCCUGGGAUUCUUCGCGCCUUCCUUGUACAUCAUUCCCUUGGCCAUUAGUCUAGGCAUCGAACAGGACCGCGCUGCCUUCUUAUUGUCCACCAUGGCGAUUGCUGAAGUUUUUGGAAGGAUCGGGGCCGGCUGCAUCUUCAACAGAGAGCCCAUCCGGAAGAUCUACAUUGAGCUCAUCUGCGUCAUCUUAUUGACCGUGUCUCUGUUUGCCUUUACUUUCGCUACUGAAUUCUGGGGUCUGAUGUCAUGCAGCAUAUUUUUUGGGUUCAUGGUUGGAACGGUAGGGGGUACCCACAUUCCACUGCUUGCCGAAGACGACGUCGUGGGGAUCGAGAAGAUGUCUUCUGCGGCGGGAGCCUAUGUCUUCAUUCAGAGCAUAUCAGGACUGGCGGGACCACCUCUUGCAGGUCUGCUGGUGGACCAGAGUAAGAUUUACAGUAGAGCUUUCUACUCGUGUGCAGCUGGCACGUCUGUGGCUGCUGGGUGCCUCGCGCUUGUGAGACCUUGUAAAAAGGGACCAUGCCAGCGUCAUCCUGCAGGCGAGGCCCAGGCCGAGAAUCCUCGUGGGAAAGCUUUACAGGACAUACCCGAAGACUUUCUCGAAAUGGACCUCGGGAAAAAUGAGCAUAAAGUUCACGUGACCAUGGAGCCAGUAUGACAUGCUUUGCAGUAACGCCAGCCAUCCUGUUGGCCGGGAGGUGGGCGGACGGUGGG